AGGUGAAGAGGCUGGUACGUUUGAAAAAGGAGUUUGAAGAGUCGGAAGAGCAAGAGGAGCUGUCGGAUGACAACAUGGCCGCCUCCCUCAGGGCAGCUCAGCAAAAAAUGGACGGCGAGGAGGACACUGGUGAAGGCGAUGCAAAAGAUGGUGAGACCACAGCUGGGAGCGAGGGCGGCGCAAAGGAAGAACAACAAAGCGCACCCAAGAGCGAAGAUGACGGAGGAGCCAAGGAUGAGUCUAAGGAGUCGGAUAAGAAAGAGGAUGACGAGAGUGACUCCAAGGGCGACAAGGAGAAAUAGAGGGUCUUUGCCUGGAUCAUAGUGCACGUGCAUCCAGCAACGGCAGACAUUGGACAUUCGCAUGAGUGUGCAGCGUGGCUACCGUGGCCUUUGGGAUUUUGUAAAAUCUAGCCUAUCUAGGCUGCAAGAAGCUACUAGAAACAAAGGGCAUUUCUACUAGGAGCAAGGAUGCUACUAGUAGCUCCUGGCCUUACUACUAGUUGCAAGAAGCUACUAGUAACAAUUGGCAUGGACGAGUAAGAUUUGUUGUUCGGCCCAGACCUUACACCGUAAUGGGGUUGCUCGACCUACAGUUAGACUGGCCGUCGCCUUGGAAAUCUGAAAGAGCUUUGCCACAGCCAGAAAAAAUCUGGAGAACUAUCAAGGCCCACAAACAGGUGCAUCACUCUUCCCAGAUAUCAUCGCUACUAGGGUGGAGGCCAUCGCUAUUAGGUAGGAAGUCAUUGCAGGAUGUUACUUGGUGUUCCUUGGACAUCGGUGG